GGGGGGGCCAGGGAGGAGGAGCGGGGGUCGGCGCUGGCGGCCGAGUCGGCGCUGGAGAAGAACGUGGCGGAGCUGACGGUCAUGGACGUGUACGACAUCGCGUCGCUGGUGGGCCACGAGUUCGAGCGGGUCAUCGACCAGCACGGCUGCGAGGCCAUCGCGCGCCUCAUGCCCAAGGUCGUGCGCGUCCUGGAGAUCCUGGAGGUGCUGGUCAGCCGCCACCACGUCGCGCCCGAGCUGGACGAGCUGCGCCUGGAGCUGGACCGUCUGCGCCUGGAGAGGAUGGACCGCAUCGAGAAGGAGCGCAAGCACCAGAAGGAGCUGGAGCUGGUGGAGGACGUGUGGCGUGGGGAGGCACAGGACCUCCUGUCGCAGAUCGCCCAGCUGCAGGAGGAGAACAAGCAGCUCAUGACCAACCUCUCCCACAAGGACACCAGCUUCUCCGAGGAGGAGUUCCAGAAACACGAAGGCAUGUCAGAGCGGGAGCGGCAGGUGAUGAAGAAGCUGAAGGAGGUGGUGGACAAGCAGCGGGAUGAGAUCCGCGCCAAGGACAGGGAGCUCGGCCUGAAGAAUGAGGAUGUCGAGGCUCUGCAGCAGCAGCAGACCCGGCUGAUGAAGAUCAACCACGACCUUCGGCACCGGGUCACGGUGGUGGAGGCCCAGGGGAAGGCCCUGAUUGAACAGAAAGUGGAGCUGGAGGCGGAUCUGCAGACCAAGGAACAGGAGAUGGGCAGCCUGCGGGCCGAGCUCGGGAAGCUGCGGGAGAGGCUGCAGGGCGAGCUCAGCCAAAACGGGGAAGAAGAGCCGGAGGUGGAACCCGGCGGAGAGGAGUGCAUCUCAGAUGCUGAGAAGGCAGCCAUGGACCUCAAGGACCCCAACCGCCCCCGGUUCACACUGCAGGAGCUGCGGGACGUGCUGCAGGAGAGGAACGAGCUCAAGGCCAGGGUGUUCCUGCUGCAGGAGGAGCUGGCCUACUACAAGAGUGAUGAAAUGGAAGAGGAAAACCGAAUACUCCAGCCUCCACCCGUUGUGCACCCGAGAACGGCCCCCCAGCCCGAGUCUGGGAUCAAGCGACUGUUUAGCUUCUUCUCCAGAGAUAAGAAGCGCCUGGCCAGCACCCAGAGAAACGUGCACACCCCGGAGUCCUUUGGCCAGUGGGCAAACACCCACCGGGACGACGGCUACACAGAGCAAGGACAGGAAGCCCUGCAGCACCUGUGACCGCAGCUGGGCUCCACCCCGGAUGUGGUCUUUCUACGGCCGGCACCUGCAGUCUCCUGCAGCCCACGGUCGCGGCCUCCUCACACCUCUCGGUGCAGAUGCGCCAUCAAACUGACCCCUCAAACAGACUGUGUGCUUUGAGGAUGGACAGUGAACACCGGACGCCAAAAUCUACAGAAAUGUUUAUUUAUACCCAGGGCUAUUACCGUUUGUAACAGAUGAGCCCGAUCCCUUAGGAUCUGUAUUUAAUAAUCCCAUGAACUGCGGCUGGACUUCUGCGCUAACUUUGGUAACACGAGCUUCUUUAAGCCAAAUACGUCACUCGCCACUCCGAUUGCUGUUUGACGUGUUGGUAUAGAAUCCUACCUACGUGUGGAGGUUUUAUCACGUGUGCCGGACUUCACUGGGACACAGGAAAGGGGGGGCUUUGCAUUACAGAGGUUCCUGACAUUGUCGUGGUGGGAGCAUCUCAGAGGAUGCUCAUAGGGCCUCUGAUGUCCCAGGAUGAGGUGGCUCAACUCAGACGGGAAGAAACAGAAGAUAAGAACCACAGGCCUCCCCCCCAGAGACUGGCACCAGCUUUGCAAGAGCCCCCACAUGGCUCUCUCUCGCACCUUGUUCCAGAUGAGCCUAGAGCAUGUAGCAAUGUUCAAGGCAGCUGUGCCUUGAAUCCCCGAGAAUUCUGCAGAGCUAACCAAACAAAGUUGCUAAGGAUGAGAUGUUGCAA